UCAUGAAGCUCCUGAGGAAGGACAUCGAGAAGGACAACGCGGGCCAGGUGACGCUGGUGCCCGAGGAGCCGGAGGACAUGUGGCACACGUACAACCUGGUGCAGGUGGGCGACAGCCUGCGCGCCUCCACCAUCCGCAAGGUGCAGACCGAGUCGUCCACGGGCAGCGUGGGGAGCAACCGGGUGCGCACGACGCUCACGCUGUGCGUGGAGGCCAUCGACUUCGACUCGCAGGCCUGCCAGCUGCGCGUCAAGGGCACCAACAUCCAGGAGAACGAGUACGUCAAGAUGGGGGCCUACCACACCAUCGAGCUGGAGCCCAACCGGCAGUUCACGCUGGCCAAGAAGCAGUGGGACAGCGUGGUGCUGGAGCGCAUCGAGCAGGCCUGCGACCCGGCCUGGAGCGCCGACGUGGCCGCCGUGGUGAUGCAGGAAGGCUUGGCGCACAUCUGCCUCGUCACGCCCAGCAUGACCCUCACGCGGGCCAAGGUGGAGGUGAACAUCCCCAGGAAGCGCAGAGGCAACUGCUCGCAGCAUGAUCGCGCCCUGGAGCGCUUCUACGAGCAGGUGGUGCAGGCCAUCCAGCGCCACGUCCACUUCGACGUGGUCAAGUGCGUCCUGGUGGCCAGCCCCGGUUUCGUGCGCGAGCAGUUCUGCGACUACAUGUUCCAGCAGGCUGUGAAGACGGACAACAAGGUGCUGCUGGAAAACCGCUCCAAGUUCCUGCAGGUACACGCCUCUUCUGGACACAAGUACUCCCUGAAAGAGGUCCUUUGUGACCCCACCGUUGCCAGCCGCCUGUCUGACACCAAAGCUGCUGGGGAAGUCAAGGCCCUGGAUGACUUUUAUAAAAUGCUACAACAUGAACCCGACCGUGCCUUCUAUGGACUCAAGCAGGUGGAGAAAGCCAAUGAGGCCUUGGCCAUCGACACUCUGCUCAUCAGUGAUGAGCUCUUCCGGCACCAGGACGUGGCCACCCGGAGUAGGUAUUUGCGGCUGGUGGACAGCGUGAAGGAGAACGCGGGCACUGUUCGGAUAUUCUCUAGCCUUCAUGUGUCUGGGGAACAGCUUAGCCAGUUGACUGGAGUAGCUGCCAUACUCCGCUUCCCUGUCCCUGAACUCUCCGACCAAGAGGAUGACUCUAGUUCUGAAGAUGAUUAACAAUUGGAACUCGAUCUAGACAAAACUGGUGUCUAUUACAGCACAUUGUCCCUGCAACAGAAACCCAUGAGACUGGUACAGGGAUUUCUCACGUUUUGGUCACACUUGAGUACUCUAUGGAUGGCAGGAUAUGUGUUCAAACUAAACAAUAAACGAAAAGGAAAUAAUGCCUGUGCA